AUGGAGCCAUCCGUCACAAAGCCCCACGCUCUGUGCAUACCCCUUCCGGCACAGGGCCACAUAAACCCCAUGCUAAAACUGGCCAAGCUUCUUCAUCACAAAGGCUUCCACAUCACUUUCGUUCAUACCGAGUUCAAUCACCAGAGGUUAGAGGAGUCCUUAGGAGAGGGUGCUCUUCGAGGCUUGGAUGAUUUCAGGUUCGAGGUCAUCUCCGACGGAUUGCCGCCCUCGAACCCGAGAGGCAUACUCGACCUCCCUUCUCUAUGCUUGACAUUGCCAGUAGAUGGAUUACGUUCGUUCCGCGAGCUCGUCAUGAAGCUCAUGAAUUCCGAUGCCCCUCCUCUCACGUGCAUAGUUUCAGAUGGCGUGAUGAGCUUCACCUUGAAAGUCGCUCGAGAAUUAGGCGUUCCGGAAGUGAUGUUCUUCACUCCCAGCGGUUGCGGCAUGUUGGGGUACCUCCACUUUGAAGAGCUGGUGGAUAGAGGCCUAUUCCUUUGA